AAUAGACCAGCUAUGCCAGUUUAUAUACGAUAACGGGCUAGAGCCACCUCCGAUGAACCCCGAGGAUGAGUCGGGUAUCAACAGGGUGUUGGAUACGCUUCAGAUUCCUCGAGGGUUGGCGAAACGCACGGAUUUCCAGGGUGGGCAGCAUGCACGGUCGCAAUCGGCCGUCGCGCAGUCGCCCGUUCAACACACACCCGGACCGUCGACGUUCGAUGGAAAGCUGGACUCGAUCGAAAGCGUGGCAGGGGUUCCCUCCCCGGCGCAGAAUGCAUUCUCUUCGGCGCAAUCAUCUCUUCCCGCAGCCGAGAAAAGCCCGGACACGAUAAACCCGCUGGCAGCCCAUCCUGGUUUGUCUCAUCACUAUCCGCCGCCGAGUUGGGGAUUUACUCUUCCUACGGCCGAGAGCCUCGAUACUAUCUAUGCGAAUAUCAACGGCGCGCCGGGUGGUUCGCAUGAGAACAGUCUCAGCCCCGACAGUUUCCACUUGUCCCAGGAUAUGCAACAGCAACCGGGGGUGCUGCUGGGGCAGACGUGGAACAACAGGGACUAUGAAUCGGACAGUGGGGAGGAGGACGAGGCCGAAAAGGAUGUGAUCGAGCAGAUCUCGAAUCGGAUCGGCACGUUGAAAAUCGCCGGAGAUGGCCAUUUGCGGUUCUAUGGCGCCACUUCGAAUCUAAAUUUGGUGGAUGUCUCGGCAACGCAGCAACGCCAGCGUCCGGACGCGCGCACUGUCCGGCACGAUGGACAGGAUAUCUUGAAUCAUCUGCGCGUCGGACAGGCGGUGGACCAGACUCUUGAGGAUCAUCUCGUCGAGCUGUAUUUCACAUGGCAGAAUCCGAGCACUUACGUGGUGGAUAAGGAUAUGUACAUGAUCGCCAGGUCGAAGUGGCGGAACGAGCUUGACGAUACCCCAUUUUACUCGGAGGUUCUUACCAAUGCAAUGUGCGCUAUUGGCAGUGCCUUCGAGGCGCGGUAUCAUCCGACUUUCAUCACUUUUCCCAAAUCGUUAUCGGAGUUCUUUGCGGAUAGAGCCAAGGCCCUUCUUGAAAUAGAGCUGGACUCGCCGUGUGUCGCCACGGUACAAGCGCUUGUCAUUCUGAGUUGCCAUGAAGGAUCCUCGAAUCGCGAUGCUCGUGGUUGGCUCUACAGUGGAAUGUCCAUGAGGCUUGCAUUCGACCUUGGGCUGCACAUCGAUAUGACUCCGUACGUAGAAAGAGGAGAUAUUAGUGCCUUUGAAGCCGACGUACGAAGAAUCGCGUUCUGGGGGAGCUAUACGGCAGAUCACUUCUGGGGCUUCUACCUGGGCCGCCCGUUCCGCAUGAAUGCGGGAGAUAUCACCAUUCCAAAGCCCGCGUCAGGCUUAGGGAUAGGGAAGGAAGGCACUUGGUAUCCAUAUGGACUACCAGGUGACCUAGAACCUUCAAAGAAUGGGGUUAAAAACCCGAACGAACUCAUAAGCAGACAAUUCGCUAUUCUAUGGGAGAUAAUAUCUCCGGUUGGCCAUAUUCUAUAUGGUUGCUCCGAGAUCGGUCGGCACGAUCUCCAAAGAUUAUGCCAUCGGGUGACCGAUGAUCUGUUUGCCUGGAAAGCUAAUCUUCCCUCUACCCUCGACAUCGAUCUGGACAACGACACGAUCCCUAAAUUGCCGCAUCUUCUUAUGCUACAUAUGCAAUACCAUCAAAUCGUCAUCUUCACCCAUCGGCCGUGGGUGUCGAAAAGCUACAUCCAGCCGCGCAGUCCGCGCCAGGGACCUGGCUAUCAUCAUGCUCGACGAAUGUGCGUCGAGUCUGCGACAGCCAUUGCACGACUUCUUCACAUUUAUGAAAAACACUACACAUUCCGCCGCAUGAACAACCAGGUUGUGGCCAUGAUAUUCAGCGCGGCUCUAAUGCUACUUUACGUCACGAUCUCCAAUUCCACACCUUCGAACAGAAACAAUAGCGACAGUAUCAGCAGCAACGCAGGCAUGGUCGCAUAUCUCAACCUUUGCUUCCGAGCCCUCGACGAACUGGGCCAGUCCUUCGAGAACGCCAAACGCACGCGAGACUAUCUCGUCAGCCUCCAGCGCAGAUGGCAAGCCCAUAUGCGCCGGACCGGUGCGAAGCGACAAGUCAGCCGGCGGCCGUCGUCGCAGCAACUCGCAGGGACCAGUCUGGAAGCGAACACAUCUCGAAAGAAGACCCGAGUUGCAGCGCCGCGCGGACACAUGUCAUAUCCAUUUGCGAUGCCGGUGAACUCGCUGCAAGUCCCCGGCGCCCUGCCGGGCCAGACAGACCCUCUCCGAGCCGCACCAGCGCUCGAUCCCACUCGGCAGGCGGGUGCUUGUCAACCGGGCGAUUUCGACUGGAUCCGGAACUCCGAUCUGCAGUUGCUCUCGGGCGCGCUUGACGAUCCGGGACUGGGCCAAUUAGGCGGGCCUGCGUAUGAGGAUCCGGCAUUACCUAGUUUAUCUGACAUUGAGCCUUGGUGGGAUUCUCCUAACGGGAACGGCUUCGGGGGUGGUUCUUUAUAGCUAGAAUAGAGAUCGAUUAAUUACCUUUAUGGCUCAUGGGUUCGACUUGUCUCGAGUAAAGCGUUGACACCUGAUCGAUCGAUCUAACCCGGUUCGACUAAUGAAUGGCACGGACCGAUGCGCAGCAAUGGGAAGGGAAAGAGAUCUACAAAGGAUACGAGCGACCGUCGAUCGCAAGUCCGUUCCUGGCAGUAGUAGCUGUGGUGCUAUUCUCAGCUUCUGCUUGGCCACUGUGUCAUGUAUAUUGUCAGCCAGGCAUCACAGAAAGAUUCUUGAUAUUACGCUUCAGCCUUGCAGGAAUCCAGAGAAUGCAUUGUGUUAGGAGUCUUGGUUGUUGCGUUGGCAUGGUUUCGGGUGUUGGGGUCCGGCGGCAUGCUUAUGUUUCUUCACGCAGUGGCUGUACAGUAAAGGGCGUGGGGUGAUAGCAUCCUGGGCAUUAUGUCUGUGUUUUGU